AUGUCUGGUGGGCAACAUCAUCAAGCAGUUAGUAUUCCUGUGAAUCGUGAGCAACGGUCAUUUGAGAGGCAGAGACGUGACCUGUUAACUGGCCUGGAACACGGAGGUGGUACUCAUCGUGGCAACCUAAUCGCACCGUACACGGAAGACUGGCCGAGUACUGUGGACAGCUGGAUCAACUCCUCCUGGAGGAGAUGGGAUGAAGACAUGCGACGUUUGAGACGUGGAAUGUUCGCACUAUUAGUGAGUUUUGCUAUUCAGUAUUCAGGUGACCAUUAA